AUGUCUCCCUUCCUUUACUUUCUACGCCAUUUUUCAUCACCUCGUAAUCCUCUCCUUCCUAUCUCUAAUUUCCCAAUCAUAGAAACUAAUCAACAAGUAUUAUCUAUCUAUCUAUCUCUGUUCAUAUCUAUCUAUCUAUCUAUCUAUCUAUCUAUCUAUCUAUCUAUCUAUCUAUAUCAGUCCGUUCUAUCUAUAUCAGUUUGUUUAUAUCUAUCUCAGUCUGUUCAUAUCUAUCUAUCUAUCUAUCUAUCUAUCUAUCUAUCUCAGCCUGUUCAUAUCUAUCUAUGUCAGUCUGUUCAUAUCUAUCUAGCUAUAUCACUCUGUUCAUAUCUAUCUAUCUAUCUAUCUAUCUAUCUAUCUCAGUCUGUUCAUAUCUAUCUAUCUAUCUAUCUAUCUCAGUCCGUUCUAUCUAUAUCAGUUUGUUUAUAUCUAUCUCAGUCUGUUCAUAUCUAUCUAUCUAUCUAUCUAUCUAUCUAUCUAUCUAUCUAUCUAUCUAUCUAUCUAUCUCAGUCUGUUCAUAUCUAUCUAUCUAUAUCAGUCUGUUCAUAUCUAUCUAGCUAUAUCACUCUGUUCAUAUCUAUCUAUCUAUCUAUCUAUCUAUCUAUCUAUCUAUCUAUCUAUCUAUCUUGA